ACAAUUCCAGUUGGAUCAACUACAAGACGCGAUGCAUUCCGUUCAAUCGGCCAACGAGGGUAUGGUUGAUAAGCAACUUGUAAAGAAUUUGUUGGUUGGAUAUUUUGGGACGACAUCGCACAAGCAAUCGGAUGUUAUGCGACUCAUUGUCUCGGUGCUCGGCUUUUCCAAGGAAGAGGAAAACCAAAUCAACCCCCGGAAAAGUUGGGGUGAUUGGUUGUCGUGGAAACGAACCCCGCCCAAAGUAGAAAGUGCGGAUUUAAACGAGUCGUUCUCGCAAAUGUUUGUUAAAUUUUUGGAGACGGAAUCCUCGUCCAAUCAUGCGGAACUACCAGCGUCGGCCAUGGCCACUGAAGCGCGACUAAAGUUGUCGCAACGUAAACUCGCUGCUCAAGUGCCUGCUGUAGGUGACCGAUCGACGGUGGCCGGAAGGUACAACCCCUACACCCCAUCCUCCCCCCAUCAACUUAUGCACCCCGUCGCACCAACGUUACCCACAUUCACCCCCCUUACUAAAUCAACGGAGGGAAAUAUAUUACAAGGAAUUUUACGAACCGAACCUUCGUCUUAGCUUACUGUGGUGUUUCAGUGCAAUUGUGUUUAAAAAUAAAAUUAUUUAUUCAA